CGCGGGGCGCCCACGGGAAAGGAGGAAACACAGCUAGAGCAGAGCGGCUUCCUUCUUCUUCCUCCCUGUCCGCGCCCCCGGUUUUGGGCUUCCUUCCUCGUCUUCUUCUCCCUCCUCAAAUACGUACGUACAUGGAUGCCGGGGCCUCGUUCAUACCAUCCCCCGAUUCGAACCCGACCCUCGCCGCCGCCGUCCGCCGCCAGCGCGACCCGAGAUCCGCCGCCAGCCGGUGAGUCGAGUCUUCAGCCCCUACCCGCUGCUCUUGCUCCUCAUCCCUAGGAGGUCCCCGCGGCGGUUAUAUAUGCCGGUGGCGCAGGUGGGAGGAGGAGGAGGAGGGGGCAGGGUGGCGCCGGACGCGUCCUCCGCCGCCAGGAAGACCCGCCGCCGGCACCGGAGGUCCGCCUCCGCCGCCGCCACCGCGACGGCCGCCGCGGCCGCGCUCGUCGACGCGGCGCCGCCGGAUCCGAUGCAGCGGCUCUUCGACACCAGCAGGGACGUCUUCUCGGCCUCCUCCCCCGGCUUCGUCCCGCCGCCCGACGCCGUCGCCCGCCUCGCCGGCCUCCUCAAUGGCUUGAAGCCACAUGAUGUUGGCAUAGACCCCAGUAUGUCGUGUUUCAAGCACACCGAUUCUGAAGGGCCUCCACCAGUCACAUAUCUACAUUUCUACGAUUGCUCCAAGUUCUCGUUUGGUAUCUUCUGUCUACCCAAGUCCGCUGUAAUUCCCCUCCACAACCAUCCUGGGAUGACAGUCUUCAGUAAGAUGCUCUUUGGUUCCAUGCACCUCAAGUCAUAUGACUGGGCUAGAAGUAACCCAGAAAGUGAUACUAGCAGUACACUCACAGCCCCCAAUGGGGCUCGUUUAGCAAAGAUAAAUACAGAUGCCGUUUUUGACGCUUCAGCUGAGACCAUAGUUCUGUACCCUGAGAAUGGAGGGAAUUUGCACUGUUUUACGGCGUUAACCCCCUGUGCCGUGCUUGAUGUGAUGGGACCCCCGUACAACCGCGCCGAUGGGAGGGAUUGUGCGUACUACGACGAGUCUCCGUACUCGAGUACAUCCAGUGAAGAUGGGCGGUAUUCGUGGCUCAAGGAAAUCCCAAGCACUUUUGAAAUGAAAGGCGUGCAGAUGCCUCGGAGGUUUAUCAUCUAGAAAUGACUGGCUGGGGUGACUUGCACCGGGAUGGGAUGCCGGCGAGGCGAAACAAGCAUUUCUGCUGGAAUGCUGCUCUAGCUCGUUGUAGAUACAACAUUGUAACCGCAAAGGCGACAGGCUGUUGGGAAGAUCCCUGCCGUCUGCCUAGGUCAGGCCAGCAAAACACUCUUAUGCUUAUUCGGCUUCUUUUGUCAGGCUUGAAAACAAUCUCUUGUGUUAAUCUCAUAGCGAUCCGAUUAGUCCGGAUACAUACUGCUCGAACAAGGUCUCUGUUUUCGGCACCCAUGGUCAUUCUUUCUCCUUUUUUUAGCCCUGUAGAUGUGUGCAUCCUGCAGGCGUCUUCUUACUUUUUUGAGAAAAUGACCAUGUUCCAAAUCCAGAGCUUUUGUUAUUUGGUUGGCUGGCUGGCUUGUUAAAUUGGAUACCCGGCCUGUUGAAUUCU